CAUUCUGCACCCAGUCUAAAUUAUACCAAAACCCACACGCCAUUUCUUUUUCUUCCCAUAUUUUCAACCCAAAAAAUUAAAGCAAAAAAGUUUCCAUUUUCAUUUGACCCAUUUUCCAAGCACUAGAAUCCAUCCCAUCCCAUCUCAUGGGUACCGAAAGAAAAUCAUCAGUGGAGAUAUCAGAGCCGUUGCUCGACGAUUCCGAGAAGAUCACUGCCGUGGAGACCGAGGAGGCCGUUCCCGAAUGGCAGGAUCAGAUCACGAUCAGAGGGCUGGUGGUGAGCGCCUUGCUUGGGGCCCUCUUCUGCAUUAUCACCCACAAGCUCAAUCUGACGGUCGGGAUCAUCCCCUCCCUCAACGUCGCCGCUGGUUUGCUCGGCUUCUUCUCCGUCAAGUCGUGGACUGGGUUUCUCUCCAGAUUAGGGUUCCAUGUCCGCCCCUUCACCAGGCAGGAGAACACCGUCAUUCAGACCUGCGUCGUCGCUUGCUAUGGCCUCGCUUUUAGCGGUGGUUUUGGUUCGUAUCUUAUUGCGAUGGACGAGAGAACGUAUCAGCUAAUCGGAGCUGAUUAUCCGGGAAACAGAGCAGAAGAUGUGAAGAACCCAGGAUUCGGUUGGAUGAUGGGUUUCUUGUUUGUUGUUAGUUUUCUGGGGCUCUUCAGUCUUGUCCCACUUCGCAAGGUUAUGGUCUUGGAUUAUAAACUUACCUACCCUAGUGGGACUGCAACAGCUAUGUUGAUAAAUAGCUUUCACACGAAGUCUGGAGCUGAACUUGCAGGGAAACAAGUACGUUGUCUUGGAAAAUAUUUAAGCAUAAGUUUGGUGUGGAGUUGCUUUAAGUGGUUCUUCAGUGGGAUUGGUGAUGCAUGUGGAUUUGACAAUUUCCCCAGCUUUGGAUUGACACUAUUUAAGAAUACGUUUUAUUUCGACUUUAGUCCAACUUAUGUUGGAUGUGGUCUCAUUUGCCCUCACAUAGUCAACUGCUCAGUUCUUUUCGGGGCUAUCAUAUCAUGGGGUGUUCUCUGGCCUAUCAUCUCCACACAUGCUGGGGACUGGUAUCCAGCUGAUCUUGGCAGCAAUGAUUUUAAAGGCCUUUAUGGAUAUAAGGUCUUUAUAUCUAUUGCUCUUAUCCUUGGGGAUGGACUGUACAAUUUAAUCAAGAUUAUAGCCAUUACUGCUAAAGAAUUGUGCAACAAACGCUCCAAACAAGCUGAUCUUCCUGUCAUUAGAGAAAUAUUAGAUGCAGAGAGCUCUAAGCUAGCGAUGGAACAAAAGAAAAGGGAUGAGAUAUUUCUGAAGGACAAAAUACCUUCUUGGUUUGCAGCUUCUGGAUACAUUGGCCUUGUCGCGAUAUCAACCGUAACCAUGCCACUUAUCUUUCCACCCCUCAAGUGGUAUCUGGUUCUUGGUUCAUACAUCAUUGCUCCUGCCUUAGCCUUCUGCAAUUCCUAUGGCUGUGGCCUCACUGACUGGAGCUUAGCCUCGACUUAUGGGAAGAUUGGUCUUUUUAUAAUUGCGUCAUUGGUUGGAAGCAAUGGUGGGGUUAUAGCUGGAUUAGCAGCUUGUGGGGUGAUGAUGUCCAUUGUCUCUACCGCAGCCGAUCUCAUGCAAGACUUCAAGACUGGUUACCUCACUCUAUCCUCGGCCAAGUCCAUGUUUGUAAGCCAGUUGCUGGGAACAGCCAUGGGCUGCGUUGUUGCCCCGCUCACAUUCUGGCUCUUUUGGACCGCCUUCGAUAUUGGAUCACCCGACGGACCUUAUAAAGCACCUUAUGCUGUGAUCUUCAGGGAAAUGGCCAUCCUAGGUAUCGAAGGCUUCUCUGAGCUGCCAAAGCACUGCUUAGCUAUGUGUUGUGGAUUCUUUGUGGCAGCCCUACUCAUAAACGUCCUUAGGGAUGUAACCCCUAAGAAGGUGUCUCAGUUUAUACCCAUCCCCAUGGCCAUGGCCGUGCCCUUUUACAUUGGAGCUUACUUUGCCAUCGACAUGUUCAUCGGGACGGUGAUACUUUUUGUGUGGGAACGAAUGAACAGGAAGGAUGCUGAAGACUAUGCCGGUGCAGUUGCCUCGGGAUUGAUUUGUGGCGAUGGGAUUUGGACGGUACCUUCCGCAAUACUCUCCAUUUUCAGGAUCAAUCCACCCAUCUGCAUGUACUUUGGACCUUCUUCGAGCAGCUGAAUGGGGAGAUUACAAGUUUUCUCAAUUGUUCGUUUAAUUUAUGUACUUUGAUUUGGUGCUUCCGCUCAACCUUUGUAAAUAUAUAUUUCCUCCAUGUAUUUGAUUUAUUGGGGACUUGUCACAUUUCAAGAA